UGACCUUUAACCUUUGACCCCAACGCGAGGUCACAGGAAAGGUUUGGGGGGAGGGGGAGGGGGGAACCAAAGUGAUCCGGAACCGAAGUGAUCCUUCAGUGGAGCGCACCGGGCGUCAAGGGGCGCCGGAACCAAAGCGCGCCGGAAGUUGGCGCGAGUCGGGCUCAGUCGCGCCGGAAGUGACGCACUUCGAGAUGGCGGCGGCAGGAGCGGGGACUGCGGCGGCCGCGGCGUGACCCCAAAGUGGGACCGGAGACCCCAAAGUGGGGCAGCACCGCGGCGUGGGGCCUCAGAGCGACCCGAGGGGACCUCAGGGCCUCAAACCGGGACCCCGAAGUGAUGAAGGAGGACCCCAAGGGGACGGAGGGCCCCACGGCGCCGAAGUGGAUCCCCAUGACCUCAAACGGGGAUUCCGGUUGGGUUCCCGUAUCCUCAGAUCGGGACCCCGCAGCAUCGAAGUGGAUCCCUAUAUCAAACCGGGACCCCGCGGUGACAAAGGAGGACCUCCUCUCCUCAAAUGAAACCCCUGCGGUGGAGCGGGGCCCCAAAGCGCCCCCUGAGGGGCGCCCCGUGGAACAGCCGGACCCCACGGCAGAACCUGACCCCAAAGCCUCCAAAUGGGUCCCAGCGGCCUCAAACAGGGACCGCGAAGCCACGAGGAGGAACCCAAAGCCCUGCAGCGGAGACCCCACGGCAGAACCUGACCCCGAAGCGUCCAACUGUGCUCCCGCGUCUUCAAAUUGGGCCCCCAGAGCUGCGCUGCGGGGCCCCACGCCCACAAACAGAGACCCCCCGGCAGAACCGAACCCUGGGCAGCACCGUGGGGCAGAGUGGGACCCCGCAGCCCCUAUGGAGGAAGAUCAGGACCCCACGACCCACAGGGUUCACCCCGCAGCAGAACCCGGCCCUGAGCAGCACCGUGGGGAGGAGUGGGACCCCUCGCCCCCUAUGGACCCCUCGGCCCCUAUGGACCCCUCGGCCCCUAUGGAAGAAGACCAGGACCCCACGACCCACCCAGUCCGCCCCACGGCAGAUCCGGUCCCCGCGCCCUACAGGGACCCCCCCGGCACCGAGGAGGCCCCUCCCCUCCCCAUGGCGGCGGUGGAAGCCAUGUUGGCCGCGGUGGCCGCCAGCCCCGUCCGCGUGCGCAGCCAGCAGCAGGGAGACCCCGAGCUGACGGCGGCCGAGCGGCACGGCGAACUGCGGGCGCUUUUCCUGCGCAAACCCCUCGUCUUCCUCGAGCGCUUCCACGGAGCCCUGAGGCCCGAGCACCUGCCCUGCUUCGCCCACCUCCCCCCCAGCUACGAGGUGGCUUUUUACUGCCGCCGGGUGCGGGAGCGAAGGCGCCACAACCCCGAAACCGGGGCGAGCCGAUGGCCCCGAAGGCCCGGAGCCCGAACCCGGCUGAGGAACCGGCGCUACGCGGCCCUGCGGCAGCUCAUCGCAGGUGCGGGGGCACGGAGGGGGGGCCGUGGGGUCUUUGAGGUCCUCGUGGGGUCUUUGAGGGUCGCGGGGCUCCUUAUGGGGUCUUGGGGUUCUUGCGAGGGCCCUGAGAGCCUCGUGGGGUCCUUGAGGUCCAAACGGGAUCCCUGGGGGGUUCUUGAGGUCCUUAUGGGAUCCUCGGGAUGCAAGUGGGAUCCUGGUGGGGUUCCUGAGGCCUUAUGGGGUCUUUAUGAGAUCUUUUGAGGGCCUUAUGGGGUCCUUAUGGGGUCCUUGGGGUCUAAAUGGGAUUCCAAUGGAGUUCUCGAGGUCCUCGUGGGAUCGUUACGGAGUCCUUGAGCUCCUUAUGGGGCCUUGGGGGGCUCUGUGGGGUCCCCGGGGCGCUGCGAUCCCCCCGUGGUCACUCAGUGUCCCUGGGAUCCCCCCCCCAAUCCCCUUUGGGAUCCCUCCAGGUUUUCUGCUGGUUUUGGGGUUUGUUCCCCUUCGGCUCCUCUGGGAUCCCCCAAACUCCCCCCCAUGGCCCCCCUCUCUCUGUUGGCUUUGGCUUCCUCUCCAUUUCCCUUUGGGUUUUGGGCUCAUUCCCCUCUCCCUGCACCCCCUCCCCGUUCCCCCUUUGGGUUUUGGGGUCUCCAUUUCCCAUUGGGGUCCCCCUCCCCGUUCUCUAUUUACA